AUUUUUUCAUUAGCUAGCGAACGAUAGCGCAUGUUUGUUUCUGUGUAAUAUUUCCUCGUUCAAAACAUCUGGGAACUCGGAAAAAUACGAGGUCAAAUCAUUACGUCAGUGAUCUUCAGGUUCGGAGCUCUAGAAAGAGGCCCGAGUUUCCGAGUUGGAUGACCGUUCAAAAUGACUUUGCUCUGUCGGAGCUUGUUUUCCCAGUUGUCUGGAAUGCACGGAAGUUGGAGAUUUUCAAGUUCCCAUUUCCGAGUUUCCAGUUGUUUUGAACUCGGCAUCAUAAGAGCUCCGAUCUCCAUAUGAGUGUUGAAGGGAGUAGUGAUGAUGAUCAGCAUGACAGUGUGUUGGAAGUGGUGUGGUGAUGAACGUGUGUUUCUGUGCAGUAUGAGUAUAUUGGAGGUGAGGUUUGUGGGUGACGGAGAUGCACUGGAACACAUGGUGGACAAACAACAAGAUGUGCAGGGCAGCCACAGCAGUGUGCAGAGACUGGUGACUCUGAGGAGUGAAGCUGGGAGGAGCGGUAGAGAGGAUGAGGCAGUUAGUGACCUGCACUAUGUCCAGGUCCUCGGAAAAGACGAGGGGGAGGAGUGUGCAGCAGCAGCAGCAGCAGCAGGAGGAGGAGGGGCAUCAGUGUUCACCUUUCAGACGGUCAAACGCUCCAACAGGAUGGCCCAGAUGGCGUCUGAGCUGGCUCGGACCCCAACGAGGAGUGUGACCUUCAGAACAACACCUGACCCUUCUGGCCCCGCCCACAAUGGCUGCAAUGUGAGUGAGAACAGGACUCCUCAGAAGGGCAGGAAGGUGCAGUUUGUUUCCACAACGCCCCACAGACUCAGGAAGAGACUCUCAGCUCCCAGCCUGAGGUCCGACAGCGACAGCGAGCUCUCUCCCUCUGACUCUGGAGAGGAGGAGGAGGAUGAUGAAGAUGAUAAGGGGAAGAGAGAGGAGGACAGAGUGAAUCAGUCCAGCACACCCAGUAAGCCUUCAGCCACAGCUCUCUAUAAGACACCUGCUAAGAAGAGCAAGACUGCCCCAGAACCAACCUGCCAGGCCAGUCUGGUCGAGGAAUACUUUGAGGCUCACGGCAGUUCUAAAUUCCUGACGUCAGACCGGACCCUGCAGCGCCUACACACACCUAAACUAGACCGGGAGACGUUGUUCCGUCUGUUAGAAGGGAAACCGGCGUGUUGUUCUCCAGAGAUUGAGAAGCUCCACUCCAGUCACCAUGAACACUUCAACAAGUGGAUGCUGCAGCUACAGCUGGGUUACAGUGUGUUGCUGUACGGACUGGGCAGUAAGAAGGCCUUACUCGAGGAGUUCCGGGUGUCUCUGCUCUGUCAGGAGAUACACCUGGUUGUCAACGGAUUCUUCCCUUCCAUCUCUCUCAAAUCAAUCCUGACUGCUCUGUCUGCAGAGAUUCUAGAACACCAAGGAACGUUCCGGAACCCUGCUGACCAACUACAGUACAUCACCACCACCCUCAGAGAACAGCCGGACCUCCAUGUGUACCUGUUGAUCCACAACAUUGACGGUCCCAUGCUCCGCGGAGGGAAGACCCAGAAUGCACUGGGCCAACUGGCCUCACUACCCAACCUGCACCUUGUCGCCUCCAUCGACCACAUCAACGCACCGCUCGUGUGGGACCAGUGUAAACUGAGCCAGUUUAACUGGUUGUGGUGGGAGUGCGUGUGUUUCCAGCGUUAUGUGGAGGAGACGUCCUAUGAGAACUCUCUACUAGUUCAACAGACUGGAGCCCUCGCCCUCUCCUCCCUGACACACGUCCUGCGCAGCCUUACGGCUAACGCCAGGGGCAUCUUUAAACUGCUGGUGGAGUUUCAACUGGAGAACAAAGACAACCCUUCGUGUGUAGGCUUGUCAUUCCAGGACUUCUACCAGCGUUGUCGGGAAGCCUUCCUGGUGAACUCUGACCUCACCCUGCGUACCCAGCUCACAGAGUUCAGAGACCACAAACUCAUCCGCACACGCAAGGGUGCUGAUGGAGUGGAGUACCUGCUGGUUGCUGUGGAGACCAGCACGCUGACUGACUUCCUGGAGAGAGAAGUAGAGUGAGGAGAGGAGCAGACAUCAUGUUCAGUCUUUCUCUCCAGCCCAAGAGAACUGGGCCUCACUGGGUCAGACAACUGGGCGGUAUUGAUAACGGGUCUCGUAGGGUCAGAGAACUGGGCCUCACUGGGUCAGACAACUGGGCGGUAUUGAUAACGGGUCUCGUAGGGUCAGAGAACUGGGCCUCACUGGGUCAGACAACUGGGCGGUAUUGAUAACGGGUCUCGUAGGGUCAGAACUGGGUCUAACUGGGCAGACAAC